AUGUCGUGGCAACCGAAGCUUCGCCCAAAGGGUUUUCCUCAUAGCAUGGAUGAUUUUGCUGUCGCCUCAUUAUCAGAACUGGAUCAUCGUUCCAGGGCGGCUGAUGAUAAGAGAGAUCAGCGAGUCUUUCGCGUGAAGCGCAAGCACGUUCUAAAAGCGUGUGAUCGGUGUCGCGUCAAGAAGACCAAGUGCGAUGGGAAACAGCCAUGUAAUCGCUGCUCAGUCUAUAAUCACCCGUGUCUAUUCCGUGAGCGAAAAGCUACACAGACAAAGGUGUACUCCCGAGGAUUCGUAGAAAUGCUCGAAUCUCAUCACUCAUUGGUAGUCAAAGCCCUCCAAAAACUCUACAAAUUCUGCAUCAACAACGAAGGAUUCCCAGGAGAUCCUCUGGAAGAAGCACCAGACGGACACCCACUAACACACGCCAUCCUCGACCGACUCGGUCUAAUCAAACAAGCCGAAGAAACAGCCGACGAGCCCGAUGAAGACUCCGAAGAUCUACGCUACCUCCGUCUCCUCUCCACUUCAACAGAAUGUAGCGCUACAGCUGAACCUUCCCCCGAACCAACUACUCCCCCUGAACCAUCCCCAACAAGACUUACCGCAUGCUCAAAUCCCAUGCCCACUCCCCCGAUGACAAGAAACUCGCAUCCCUGGAACUGGGAUCUUCAGUCCGUCCCAAAUACCAGUCCUGCGUAUAGUACUUUCGCUCAAGACCCGGGAUACCAAUCUCAUCUUAUGAGUUUAUCCAGAUCGGGUCUGCCUUCUGUGGAUCUAGGCGAUAUUCCUCCUCAUGUAGAUAUUGCUCCUGCGACUGCGGUAUCUGUGCCUGUAUCGCAUGCGCAUGCGCAUGCGCAUUCUCAUCAUCACAGACAGGAUCAGUCGUUUACGUAUUAUCUGGAUGGAUGUGGAGGGGCAGAUUCGCAGGUUGAUGUCAAACCGACCAGAUUACAUGGUCUUAUACCGGAACAUCAUCAGAUGGGGUUAUCGGGUGAUAUGCUAGGUGAUUUUGGGUUCCAUGGACAAGAGUCAAAUUACUUUCCUGGUUUCACGCCUGGUUGGUCUUUCCCUUCGGCAUAG